AUGGAGCCACCCAAACUGAAACUAAACAGCACGCCGGUUGAUAAACAACGCCUAGCGAAGACCCUCAAUCUCGAUAAUGACAUGAGGAUACUACUGUACGCUCUGAUUGACCCAGGAAACCCGGACUCGGAGUCCUGCAACCUGGAGCUGAAGAGUGCAACGCAAGGGACGCUACUCCACUGUAUAACCAGAGCCACCGUGACCCACCCUGAACAGAUUGAGGUCUACAUGAAACUGUUCGACGAGAUCGAAUCCCGCUGUGUGGCGUGGUGGUGCAGGAAACAGUCGAUAGACGUCCCCGAGGACGACCGUGACAGCUACAGAAUCUACAAAUGUAAGGCAAUGGAGUACCUCACCAUGACGGUGAAGGUCAGCGAACAGGACGAGAUGUCAGUCUGGGACCUGGCCUUUGACCUUGUCUCUGUGGAAGUUCUUCAGAAGCUUCUCAAGAUGACCGGGGUGACGUAUGUCAAGGAUUCUAGUGGUAGGUGUCGUUAUCAGAUCUCCACCAUCUGCCCCAAGUUUCUCCACAAAGGGCAAACUGGGUUCUUGCAUAGCGUUUUUGGAAUUCCGCAUAAAGAUGAUUCUAGGUUUGAACGUUUGCUUAAUAAAUCCAAGGAAGUGAAAAGAGUGGCUGAAGUUCUUGAAAUGCAACCAUUCAAAGAGAUAGCAAAUAUUUACAUAUCAAUUUCCACAAAGAUCCACUUAUUCAUAGCCUUUCUGCAUAUACUGUACAUGGCGCUGUUUAGUUAUGGGUGUUGGGACGUCAUGGAAUCCAUGAUGCAGAGGAAUACAACAACUCCACAGACAGCAACUGAAGUGUUUGUGGUCGGUGUCACUGAGCCGGUGUGUUUGACUAUAUACGUGGCCAGCCACGUUGUCAAGUCUGUGAUCACACGGUCAGAAGAAGAUCGAGACAGCGGCUACUACGUGAGGGUCUUCUUCAGGAUAAACAACCUCAUCUUCUACAUCAUCCUGCUUAGUCUCAGCAUCACCAGCCUCAGCCCCCGGACCAACACCAACAACUACUUCGACAGAAACAUCCUCAUCUCCGUCACCCUCCUCUACGGCUGGCUCAUGACCUUCACCUUGGUCAAGGGCAUCAAAUCUGCACACUUUUUCUUCAGGGCCACGUUAAGAAUCAUCUACACCGACGUGAGGAAACUGAUCCUCGUGUAUGUCAUCAUCCUUAUGGGGUUUUCCAUGGCGAUGCACAUCCUCUUCAUGGGCUCCCCGAUAAUCACCAGCAUCUACAGGAACCCUUUCUUUACCAUCUUCAUGAUGUUUAACACCAUGCUGGGGGUGGUUGAGAUGUUCACUGACGAUAUAGAACACGGUCUGAAUGAGAACCUGGUGUUGAGUGUGUUCUGUAGAAUCGUGUACAUCGUCUACAUCGUCCUGUCCUCCAUCAUCCUCAUCAACCUCCUCAUCGCGAUGAUGAACACGUCGUACUCCCAGAUGAGGCAGCACCACUCAAACCUGUGGAAACUUGAAGCUGUGAAGUUUGGAAUCAAGACGGAAAGGAUUCUGAGGAACCUGACCCCUCGCUGGGGAACCACGGUGGUCAAGUACGGGAACAUGUUCCCCAAAUCUCUGGAACAGAAGUACGUGUGGUACAUUGAGCUACCGGUUGAGGACGCACGGUACGGCAAAAGAGCGGGGGACUCCCCAAGUCUCGAGUCCACGCUAGAAAGCCUGGAUGUACGAGGAGCGAAGUUCGCCACUCAGCUAGCAGAGAUGAGGAAUUCACUCGAUAACAUCAAGGGACAAAUGGACAGUAUUCACAAACAAUUGUUAACCAUGGAGACAAAACAUUCUGACUGGGUGUAAGUCUCAGUUUUCAUUUCUAAGCUCCAGGGUUUCUACAAGCAUAGGUGCAUAGCAAGUGUGAAGGUGAGUGAUAUUUUAGCAAUAUUCCAGCAAUAUCACGAUGGGGGACACCAGAAACGGGCUUCACAUAUUGUAUCAAUGUCGGGAAUCGAACUCGGGUCUUCGACGUGAUGAGCAAACGCUUAAACCACUAGGCUACCCGACCACCCCACAAGUGUCAAGGGAUUGUUAGCGACAGUUUUAUUCCUGAACUGAACAUUUGAACUCUGAACAUAUAUAUUCUGGAGACAAACUGCAUCUAAUAGCGCAGUUAUGGCGGCGUAGUUACUAUGGCUACAAAACCUGCAUGGGAUGUCAUUUGAUAUAUGUAGUUACCAUGGUAACAUACGGCUGCAUGUCCAGGCCUAAUGAUGGAACGUGAUGUGACACGGUAACCAUGAUUACUCAAGAAUAAAGGUCCAUGUGUAAUGAAGGAAAAUGUGUUUUUCAGCAGAUCCUGCACCACCCAACACGUUAAUGUGUGACGUGACUUGUCCGAGAGUGACGGUUGGUUUCAGCUGUAUGGAUCGGUAAGGACGUGACCCGGGGGUUGUCACGGAGAUACGGGGUCACCAACACUUUUCACAUGAAGCUUCCUGUAACCUGCUCAUCAGUGGUUUUGAGGGACAGUUGUUCCCUGGUCAUAAGAUGUGUCCCAGGGUGACAUCCAAGCAUAGGAUUUUUAAGAGAGAGAAUUUAUGGAUAUGAACUUACACAUCAUUUCGGAGUAUAGACUUACUCCUUCGUCAUGUGAAUGAUUCAUCUAGUACAGGAGGAGAGCUGUGUAAACAAGUGUUGUUCAACACCUACUACAUGAAAGGUCUGAACAUACAGUUUGGUCCAGGAGAUCCUCCUGAACAUUUCUAGGUACUGUGUUAUCCCAAAGUAUAGGUUGGUAAAAAACCAGAGGCAGGCGAAGCCAGGUACCUAUUGUAAAAACUAGGUUAAUUUUAUAAACAUAUCUGCAUGGUGGGAUAGAAGCAAUGUUUCUAAUAACUGUUACAUGAGCCAUAAACUUUUGAACAUGACACAGACUUACUUCAGUGACCAACACAGAUUUCUAGUUGUAGAAUGCUUUCUAAAUAAGCCAAUGGUGAUAUACCAUGCAAGGAUUUAUUCAAAAUCGUUUGAUACUAUGAUAACCCUAUCCUGUGUUGUGGGGCUGUGGUUUGGGGAACCACGUACUGUGAAAUAAUUGAAGAUGUUCAAAAUGUGUAAAUAAUUUCUGAAAGUUUCCGAAAACAUUUGUGCUAUGAUGGCCCUUGGCGAAUGUGGUAGAGCACCCCUGCAGUUUACCUUUAUGACAAGAGCUGUAAAGUACUGGUCCAGGCAUUUACAUCUCAGCCCAGAUAGACUACCCUACCAGUUCUACAAGAUGUUAACUGCGUUGGACGAUACUGGGAGUACCACUUGGGCCACCCAUAUUAAGAACAUUUUAAGAACAUUUUAUUUAUAUUUAGAUUUGGUUUUACAUGGAUAUCCCAGGAUAUAAGCAAUGAAGAUAUGAGACUCUGACGAUUAACAGCAGACCUGGUGCGGUUAAGUCAACAACCUUUCAAACUCAUGCUCUUAUAUUUUUUUAAUUUGAAGUUUACACGAUAUAUGGCUUUCCAUUGGACGAUAGGUCGGUCAUAUGGCCGCAAAACUGACGUUCCUAAGUGUAUGAACGACACAAUUUGACAUUUAUACGUUUUUCACGAGAUCGUGUUCUUGAAAUGACGUAAACA